UGUCUUUUAUGUGCUUAACAUAGAGUGAUUAUUGGAUUGUCUGGGGACCAUAUGGUCAUUUUAGUAGUCCUUUGUAACAUUGUCCUUAAUGACCUUACAUUUUUUAGCUGCAAUGCAGAGUGCAGGACAUUUGAGAGUUAAUGUUAGUGGUAGCGUGGUGUAUCAAGCCUCACAGGAGAUGAUUGUGUUCUGCACAUUAUCUGUGGUGCUAUGCUGCUCUUUUAUCUACGUGAACUGUGUUCUGUUGUACACCUUGAGGAGCAAGCCAGUUUUUUGUGAGACGUCCCGUUACAUUCUGUUGUUUAACCUUCUCUUCGCAGAUACUGCCUAUCUUGUGACAAGUUUGUUAUUCUACAUACUAGCUGUUUGCAGGCUGAGGCUAAAAUUGUAUGUUUGUGGUUUGCUUACAAGCAUCAGUGUUUUAGAAGACAUCAUCUCUCCACUUACUCUGAUAGUGAUGUCCAUUGAGAGAUAUGUGGCUGUGUGCUUUCCUAUGAGACAUACAGACCUUGCCACCGUCAGAAACACAGGAGCAGCCAUCUCUGUUGUGUGGACCAUCUCUGGUGGCAAUGUUCUAAUGCGAGGGUUAAUUCUUGUUGAUUGGAAAAGUAAUUUUGAUCCAAAAGCGGAAAUGGAAGACUUCUGCUCGAAAGAGGCAAUGUUCCUGGCACCGAUGUCCAGUGUAGUUGAUAAAGCAUUUUGCGCUUUUGUGUUUGCAUUUGGGGGACUUGUAACUAUUCUUUCCUAUGUUGGUGUGACGUUGGUAGCCAGGUCAGCUUCAACCGACAAAGCAUCUGCCAGCAAGGCUGGAAAAACAGUUAUACUUCAUAUGAUUCAGUUGGUUGUGAUUCUCAUCGCUACCAUCUACUCUAGCCUUCUCGUGAGCCUUGCUAGAAUAGUGGACAGAACCACUUUGAUUCGUCUCUACAACAGUUUUUUUGUGUGUUUGAAUCUAUUUCCCAGGUGUCUCAGUGCUCUUAUCUAUGGGCUCAGAGACAAAUCCAUCAGACCUCUCCUUUUGAAAAGGCUCUGUGGUAAUAUCAAAUGCUUGGCCCCCAAAUCUGUGGAUGAGCAAACAAGGAUUAAGGAUUGUCCUGUCCCAUGAAAUGUACAAAGAAAACUAAAUGAUAGAUAUGUGAAAAGAUUAAUAUUUUUUGAAAGUCAUUUAUGUUUUUAAAAAAAUAUUUUUCUCUGGAGAUAAUUAUUUUUUAGCAAGCUGCACUUGUUUUGGAUUCAGGUCAGUUUACAGGUGACCUCUUCGCACUCACAAGCUAUUAUACCCCUCUGACUCUUAAAACAUUAAUUAAGGAAAUAAGUAAACACAUUUGCUAAAGUGACAUAUGGUCAAAAGAUGGUGUCAUGGACGUUAUGCAAACACAUAGGGAUUUCCCUAAGCAUUGCAGAAUGUCUUUGGUUUAAAACUUGAGCUAAAGUGUUAUGUUGUGGGACAGAAAUAUUGAUUUGAAAUGAGAAUGUGAUUUGAAAGUGCUAAAUGUUUUUACUUUAAUAUAAAUGUAUAACUAUUAAACUAUAGCUAUAAUAUAGUUGGUGGUUUAAUGUUAUGUUAAUUAAUAUAAAUCAUUCUAUUAUGUUUUUAGCUCUACUUUAAUGUGAAUACAGCGAUACAAAAGGUUUCUGUGUAUCUCUUUCAAUGUAAAUAUCUGUUUAUGUUUAUUGCUAUAUUUUCAUGUGGAUGUUUUCUAUAGGUUUAUAGUUAUAUUGUUAUUUAAAUUUGUAGUUAUCUUCAAUAAAUGUUGAUAUAUCAGAGCAGUUAUUAAUUGAACACACUUUAAAGCUGCACUAGGUAGUCUUUGCAUUCUUAAGUUAGGAUUGUCAUUCCCUCAUGAACUGAAACCAAUAUAAAUUGUAGUAGGCUAAUAGGUCAUAAGUAUCUAUGUAUAACUGCUUGUUGAAUCAAUGGAUGUAUGGAACCUGGUACGAGUAAGUAUUGUGGCG